AGGCCACUGGCUGGAGCUGCACACAGAGAGAUGCAUUGAUUAGUUACAGCUACACUUCUUACUGAAUAAGAAGAAUAUCUGUGUUACAGAAGGAAUUUGUAAAGCAAGCCCUUUUGGUGUCUCAGCUUCCGGGAGUUAACUGUCUGGCGUAUGACGAAGCCAUCAUGGCUCAGCAGGAUCGCAUCCAGCAGGAGAUCGCCGUACAGAACCCCCUGGUGUCGGACAGACUGGAACUGUCAGUUCUGUACAAGGAAUACGCGGAGGACGAUCACAUCUAUCAACAGAAGAUCAAGGACCUGCUCAAAAAGUACUCGUACAUCCGGAAGACGCGGCCCGACGGCAACUGCUUCUACCGGGCGUUUGGCUUCUCGCAUCUGGAGGCCCUACUGGAGGACAGCAAGGAGCUGCAACGGUUCAAGGAUAUCUCUGCCAAAAGCAAGGAGGACCUGGUGUCCCAGGGCUUCACAGAGUUCACAAUCGAGGAUUUCCAUAACACAUUCAUGGACCUGAUAGAGCAAGUGGAAAAGCAGAUCACGGUCUCCGAGCUCCUGGCCUCCUUCAACGACCAGAGCACCUCCGACUAUCUGGUGGUGUACCUGAGGCUGCUGACCUCCGGCUACCUACAGCGCGAGAGCAAGUUCUUCGAGCACUUCAUCGAGGGAGGCCGCAGCAUCAAGGAGUUCUGCCAGCAGGAGGUGGAACCCAUGUGCAAAGAGAGCGACCACAUCCACAUCAUCGCCCUGGCUCAGGCCCUGAACGUGUCUAUCCUGGUGGAGUACAUGGACCGGGGCGAGGGUGGAGGCACUAACCCCCAUGUCUUCCCAGAGGGCUCGGAGCCCAAGGUGUAUCUACUGUACAGACCGGGACACUACGACAUCCUGUAUAAAUAGGUGCCGUCCAGCUGCCUCCGCUCCCUCCCCCAGGCGUCCCGUGGCCCCUCCCUCCCCCUACCGGCAGUCUCUGUGGUUGUAAAUGGUAAUCUCGCGCGCUGCUCUCUCUUUGUUUUCUGUUGUUACACUCGCCCUGCUGUGUUUUAUUAAAGGGGAUGCUGGUGAAUGGA